AGAGAGAACAGAACGACCAUCGUUUUACUGGUAUAAAGCUUCGAGAUAGAGGGGUCAAAGAAGGCGGCCACUGCGCGAGCAGCAUGCGCGUUUAGGACCAAUCCGAGAUUCACCCUUUGAACCCCUUUGAGCCCUUUCUCGCUUGAGAAACUCGCUAGUGCGCAAGCCAAAUCGUCGAACUCGAGCACUUUUUUAGAAAGAACCAUAAAACACGUGAAUAUCUCGAUAAAAUGGGAAUAUAAGAAACAUACCUAUGAAUUUGCAAAGUUGUACUGUAUUGAUGGUACUGAUAGCAAACACGAUAUCUCGAUAAAAAUAGCAAUAUAAUAUGUACAAUAAAUUAUGUCAAAAUAAAUGAUAAAGUUUACAUGAAGUUGUAUAAAUAAAAUACAUAAUUAUAUAAAAAAAUUUUCUAAUAAAAUCAAUAAGCGUUACCGAUACCCUUAAUAACGAUCAUCAAUAGAUGCGAUAAUACAAAUUAAAAUGUGAAAUUUUAAAUAUUUUACACAUAUUUUUAUAUACUUGUAUUUGUAUUUAAUGCUUGAUAUAUUUAUGUACAUCAUACGACAAUGAUAACAUUAUAUGCUAAAUUCUAUUGCCAAAUUUUGUGAAUCAUGUAUUUAACCGCCGAUGAAAAGAUAGACAUACUAUUAUAAAUAUUACGAUGAAAUUUGACAGCUAUAAUAAAGGUUCUAAAAUAGGAAAUCAACCAUAAACUGCCGAGAUUCUGCGAUCCCUACUCCGAGAUACAGUAAGUGGGGAGAUCCCGAUGUGCGAGAUAUUCUUCCAGCCUCACGGGAUGACCUUCCUGUAGGAAACUGGAGGGGAUGCUGGGAGGUUCUUCUCUGGACCACAGACACGUGCCACUUGUCAUACUUUCGGAAGUACUUGCUUUCGGACGGUUCGGAGGGAGAUUAGUACGAGAUCAGGUGUGAUUGAUCGGAAGGAUAACGCGUGCUAAAUUGUCAGCGGUUAAUUAAUAAUAGAUAUUAGAUAGAACGCAAAUAGAUAUUUUUUGUUAUCAAAAAUACAAAAUAAAUAUAUAUUUUACUGAUUAAAAAAUAUAAAAUUGUUUCUGCUAAUCUUACCGUGCGGCAUCGAAUAAAGAUAAACAUGGCAGGUGCAAAGCAAUCGAGUCUCAAAUCUGUGUCAAUAAAUAAUUCAUGAAAAUAAUUGUGGAAUAUUUAAAAAAAGAAAAAAAAAAAACGUGAAAAAAGCAUUGUUUCAAUAACCCGAUAUCAAAUGUGAAGUGGGCAAAUUUGGAUUAGAAUUACUGGAAGAUAUUAACGAGUAACAUCAAGCUCAUCGAACUUGGUCGAAAUUGUAGCCGAGAUCGAUGAUUUAUCACAGAAUGGAACUCUGUCAGAACCGCGAGAAAAUGAACAAUGACGUUUAUGAUCUUCGUCGGACGCGCUCGCUUUCGAAUGAGAAUGAAGCCUAUUCAAAUGGUAAUGAGCAAGGCGACAGAUCGCCGAAUGUCAAUCGGGAAUCUAUCGAGUAUGUAUCAGAUUCCAGUUGCGAGGGUUACAGGGAGUUUCAAAAACAACAGACCGAAAGAAGAAAUUUAUCCCCGAUUGCCGCGUCUAGUGCUUUCACGAUUGACAACAUCCUUGGAAGAAAUGAGAAGAGAGAUCAAACUUCGAGAAUAGAUAGUUCUGGUGAUAAAGAAGAGGAUCAGGAAGAAAUGGACGAUAGGAUUGAGGGACAUUUUGUUAGACCAACAGCGAUACCAGCCACACGUCCUGAUCUAGAAGGAGGUUUAUACACUCACACGGGAUUCUCGUAUCCUGACGGCGCUUUAACUGACUCUUCGGCAUAUUCCGCGACGUCACUUGCAUCAGCCUCAUUAUUGUACAGUAGUUGGUUUGCUCAAACAAAACCUGGACAACUGUUUGGCUUACAAGCACCCAAACCGAGCGGUAGAAGGUCGAGGAAACCGGGUAUCGAUCGAAAACCGCGUCAAGCUUACAGUGCGAAACAAUUGGAAAGACUUGAGGCAGAAUUUAAGAUCGAUAAAUAUCUCAGCGUGAGCAAGCGCAUGGAGUUGUCCAAGUGUUUGAAUCUUACCGAGGUGCAGAUCAAGACGUGGUUCCAGAAUCGCCGCACGAAAUGGAAGAAGCAGCUGACAUCGCGGCUGAAAAUCGCCCAACGGCAGGGACUUUUCCCACCGACGUACUUUCCGACAACCCAGUAUCCUCUACUGCCGUAUUACGCGGCGCCUUUGAUGUUCGGAGGUCCGUUGUCGGAUGACGCGAACUCUAGCUUGCCGACUCGAUCCACUGUAUCGUCCUCAGAUACGGUCUGACGCAGCACAGACUCGAACUACUUGGUCGAUUGUCGGCCGGACGAUCGCGAAGUGCAAUAAGACCUUCCGUUGGCCAUUGCGAAGUAUUCGAGUGUUCCUUUUUUAUUUGUUUUUU